AUGCACCUUGUAGCCCUGUCAACGGCAAUGAGCUGGAGAUGCAGAGAGCUGGGGGAGACGGGCCACCAGCUGCUUGUUGAGUCAUGCUUCUUGGGGAUUAACAAGCCCGAGUGCCCCCCGCCCCAGUGUCGAGAGCCCCCUGAAAUGUCAGGAGCCGCCCGGCUGGGCUGCUUCCUGCCCACAUGCCUGUUUCCCGCCCACACGAUCCCACGGGAUCGACUCACUGCCUUUCUGGGGCUGACCGUGGGCUCUGGGGGCCACUCAGGCACAGGCGUGGUGACGCUGCAAGCACCUCCGAGUUCAGCAGCUGCAACCCUGGCCUGGGUUUCCGUAGCCUGUGUUACUUUGCACAGGAAACAUGGGGAAUGGCUCAACCCCAUCACGAGGAAAUCAGGAUUCCAGUCAUUUAACCCCAUGAAAGUCAUCCCCGGCUAUUUGGGGAUGCUUUGGGAAGAGAAAGAGGAAGAAUGUGUGAGGCCGCCCAGCAGACAGCCUGGGCGGGCAGAGGCCAAGUCAAGAACACGGCUGGCGCUCGGCUCCCUGCAGACCCUCUGUAGCCCACCUGGAGCCGGGGAGGAGAGCAGCAGGUCUGAGGAGCCCAGACCCAGGAGCAGAGACGAGGCGUCGAAGCCAAGCGGAGCCCAUGCGGUCCUGGCCGCGCUGCUGACAGCAGAAGCGGCCGCCACUGGCUCCGAGGCUGACCAUGUGCAGCGGGCCUGUUAG